UGAUGAAAUAAAAUAUGACAAAUGACAAUCACAAAAAAGGUUAUAAUACUUGUGAUCUACAACUUGUUUUGUUUAUUUUGUCUUUUAGCAAAAAUAGUUUUUAACAAAAAUGCACGGUAGAUUGAAGGUCCGUACCACAGAGGAGCAACAACUGCUGAAACGUAAAGAACAACAAAAGAAAUUAAUGGCUUACAGACUAGGAAUGAAACAAAUCCUGGAAUCCAGAAAACAAGACACGUACGAUCCUAAAAGUUUGGCAAUUUGUGCACAACUGCUUAUGGUUAAUCCUGACAUUUAUACUUUAUGGAACUACAGGAAGGAGGUAGUUUUAUUAGAAUUGAAAGCAGAUAAUGACGAGUCUGAGCAACUUGCUAACUUUCUGGAAAACGAAUUGAAAUUAACAGAGCAGUGCCUACUAGCGAAUCCGAAAUCAUAUGGUUCAUGGCACCAUCGUUAUUGGGUGUUGGCAAGGCAUCCAAACAGUAACUGGCAGAAUGAAUUUGAUUUAUGUUCUAAAUACUUAACAAUGGACGAGAGAAAUUUCCACUGUUGGGAUUAUAGGAGACUAGUUUUAAAUAAAAUAGGUAUUACUUUGGGCGAUGAAUUGAAAUUCUCGACAAACCGCAUCAAUAUUAAUUUUUCAAACUAUUCCUCUUGGCAUUAUCGUAGUACACUCCAAGCUUUAACAGCUGACUGUGUUCAAGAUGAGCUGUCGUUAGUCAAAAGUGCCUUAUUUACGGAUCCUAUGGAUAGCAGCGCCUGGUUCUAUCUUCGAUGGCUUUUGAGUAAUUCCGUUGUUACACAUGAUCAUAUGAGAGAUUUACUAGAUAAUUUAAAUCAGUUAUUAGAAUUGGAACCAGAAUGCAAAUGGAUUCUAGUGGCAAAAUGUUGGCUUUUAAAAAAUUUACAGAUGGAUGAAGGUAGUUAUAAAACUGAGCAGAUUGCAAGUUAUUCAAAGUUGCAAGAAAUUGACUCUAUGCGUGAGGGGCAGUAUGUAGAUUACCUAAAAUUAUUGCAGUUAGAUUAAUCAUUGAAUUAUUAAAAGCGAUUGUAUUAAUGUACUAUGCAAAUAAAUUUUUGUAUGCCUCUAUUUUUAAA